AUGGCAUCUUCAAACUCAAUCCCCAGCAGAAGCACGACCAUCCCAUCCACCCACCGAGCGCUUUUGCUUAGCUCGACCCGCGAUCCAUAUGACAUCAGCGUGGUCUCGAACGCAACACCCCAACCGACGCCCGGCAGUGCCGUCAUCCGCAUCCUCGCCUCAGGGGUCCUGACAUACAACAACAAAGUAUACAGCGGCAAGAAACCGUACCCUUACCCGACACCGUUUGUGCCGGGAUCAGGUUCCAUCGGCCGCGUCGCCUCCGUCCAUGAAGACGCCACACGUCUCACGCCCGGCGUGCUCGUCUUCUUCGACUGCUUCAUCCGUGGCCGCGACGACCCGGACGCCCUGAUCCUGUCGGGCCUCUCGUCGGGAUUCACAAAGGGCAGCACCGACCUCAUGGUCGGCGCCUGGCGCGACGGCACCUACGCCGAAUACGCCAGGGUGCCACUCGAGAACUGCUUCCCACUCGACGAGACCCGGCUGUGCACCGAGCUGGGUUAUACCGUCGACGACCUCAUGUACCUGUUUACCGUCUCGGUACCGUUCGGGGGCCUCCGCAGCGUCGACCUCCGCGCCGGCGAAAAAGUCAUCGUCACUCCCGCGGCGGGAAUGUACGGCAGCGCGGCCGUCGUGGCGGCGCUCGCCAUGGGCGCGAGAGUGGUGGCCGUCGGCCGCAACCUCGACACGCUGAACGUGUUCAAGUCCUGGCCCGCGUACAGUGAGGAAGGUGGUCGGUUAGACAUCGUUCAGACUACGGGUGACGUCGACGCGGACGUCGCGUCACUGACGAAAGACGGCACAGACAUGGCCGAUGUGUUUUUUGACAUUUCGCCCGGCAAAGCCAUCGGGAGCCCGCAUUACAAGAGCUGCAUAAGGGCCCUCCGUCGCGGCGGGAGGGCCAGCUACAUGGGCGCGCAUUUCGAGUUGCCCUUGCCCGCCAUGACUAUGACGUUGAACGACAUCACCUUCAAGGCCAAGUGGAUGUACGAACGCGAGGACGUCCGGGCCAUGAUCAAGCUGGCCGAAAAUGGGUUUUUGAAGCUCGGUGAGAAGAACGGGAUCAAGACCGUGGGCAAGUUCCCUCUGGAAAAAUUCGCCGAGGCGUUUGAUGCCUGCUCCAAGAUGAGCGGACCGGGAUUGCAGGUGAUUAUUGCGCCGUAG